AUGGCUGCUCAAUCAUCAUCUGCUCCACAUCAAAUGCAAGUUCGUGUUACUUUCUACACGAGCCACAAUCCACAAUCUGUUUUGAUGAUUCUUAAUAAUGAACAGGCUCUGGAACAGAUCACAGAGAAGGCACAAGAGCUCUUUUCAUCUGCAGACUAUCGUCUUUUCUAUGGUGACGUGAAUGGUCCAAUCUACGAGUUCACCGAUUCGGAACAGGUCAUGUCCAAGAUCCGUAUCACGACCUUUUCGCGCACUCCACAACUGUUUGUUCGUCUUGAAUCUGGAUCAUCUGUUCCAUCAUCCUGCAACAAGAAGACGUCAACUUCCAAAGAAUCAAAAAGUGGAGCGUCUCUCAAACGCAUUGAACAAAACCAGGAGCUUACUUUGAAGAAGGUCGAGCAGCUUCAGAAGGGUCUUGACCGAGUUGUUGUCUUGGAGACGAUGCUGGCUGAGUUGAAAACCAAGGAAUCGAAGACUGUUCCAGAAGUGGAGAAGGAAGUCAGACCAUUCCCACCAUCCAAACAUUCAGCCUCGUGCGAUGCUUGCCUUGGAGACAUUGUUGGACAUCGUUACAAAUGUCUUGAGUGCGCUGACUACGAUUUAUGUGAGAAGUGCGAAAGAAAAUCGGUUCACUAUGAACAUGCGAUGGUCCGUAUUGUCUCUCCAUCUAUGACCAAGAUCCCAUCUUAUGUAACCAACAACUCACCAAACAAUGUCUUCCCAAGAUACAUGCAAUCGAGACAAAUUUCCGAUUUCGAGAGACAAAUUCUUGAGCAACUGUCUCGUAGAUCAAGAAUCGCUAAGAAACAGGGAACCCCAGUCUCUCCACCAGCUGCUGAAUCGGUCCCAACUCCAGUCUCUGCUCCAGCCGCUGCUCCAGUGGCAGCUCCAGAACCAACCUCAGUUUCAGCACCACCUUCCGCCCCUGUUACUGGCCCAGAAGCCAGUAAGUUUUGCUUCGUUAUAUUAACCAAAUAUAUUAUUAUUUUAACAUUUUCAGGAAUCUUCAACGAUGAGACUUGUGCAGCUAUCAUCAACAGUGCUGCUAUUCUUAAGGAUACCUUCAGCACAUUGAGCAAAAGUUUCAUGGAUUUGGCUGAUGGAGCUCAAGCUAACAUGGGAACAAAGAUCGUCGAUAGAUCCACAAUGGAAGCUGGAGUCAGAAAAGUUGAAGAGAAGGUCGAUAGCUUGAAGAGACACUGUGAGGAGAAGUGCUUUGGAAUUCCAGCUCCAACUACCGAAACCUUUGAAGAAGUCCCCAGAAAAUCUGCGGAAUCUGCUCCAGGACCAAAAAUCAAGAAAGCUAAGAAAAAGUCUGUCUACAAGAAAUCUUCUGAGAAGCUCGUUGCAAUGACACUAGCUGCUGCUGCUGAGGAACAGUACAAAGCAAGAGAGGAAGCGAAGAAAAGAGCUGAUGCCAGUACCGCUGAGCUCCAAAGAAAACUCGCCGAACUCAACAUGAAGCCAGCAACCGAACCAGUCAGCCAAACUCCUAUUCAAGAGAGCUCCAAUGGUGGAUCUCUUGAUGCUUUAAUGAGAGCUAUUCUCUCUCCACCAACCGUUGAUCCAACCACAACUCCAAAUGUUGAACCAGCUACUCCACAGGCUCCAACUCCAGUUCCUUAUGAACCAAUUUAUCCAACUGUUGAGACGCUGAUUGUUCCACCACUACCAGUUGCGGAGCCAAAGUUAGAAGGAUUUAUUCCACCACAAACUAGUGUUCCAAUCUCGAUUCACUCUUCAUUCGAAAACAUCUCAUCCGACAUGGAGAGUCUCAGUCCAUCUUGGGGACAGUAUGAGGAAAAUGCAGACGCUGCAGAACCAGAAACCAUGGAGGAGAAUCUUCUUGAUUUUGAAAACAUCGUAUUGGCACAAGGUCCGUCUACUUCUGAUCCAAGUCUAGGUCAACCAUUGGAUGCAGCCACCGAGAAGACUUUCGAUCGUCUUUUGGAAAUGGGAUUCGACUACAAUGUAGUCGUUGCAGCCAUCAAAGCCAAUGGAUCGGAUCUUGAGAAGUGUCUCAUUUAUCUCAUCAACUGA